AUGGGGAUGCUCGAAGUUGGAAGCAGGGCGGUCUUCUAUCUUGAACCCUACAACAAAUACGCGUGGCAGAUCGUCAACGAUCCUGCCAACCGCGACCGAAGAUGGGUAGAUCCUAACAACCCAUCAAAGCCAUUCUUGCGAAUCGGGCUCGACCAGCAGCUCAAAAACCCGCCAUACCUGGUGCGAUUCGGCCGGCGCGAACACAACGAUGUGAUCCUCAAUAACCGCUUCUCGAGAAACGACCAAUGCUAUUUCGACUUUAAUAAAGAUACCGGAGAGCUGCUCCUACACGAUAUAUCCGAGAAGAACGAUAUAGAACUCCGCGAUGUCGUUGAGAAGCCGGGGGCUCCCCAGAUAUGGAAGACCCCUCGGCAGUGCGUCGUAGUACUCAGCCCUGACCCGUAUCGCAACCCCGACGGUCCUGCCGUUGAACGCCAGUGGAUCUUCAAAAUGCGUGACGCUGAGUUUCGCCUAAUACCACGAAGAACGAGGGCCCAAGAUGAAGCGAAAUUCACCGAGGAGAAGCUUGCAUUCGCGGGCCAACCCGACCCUGAUCGGACAAUCGAAGGGACCCUGCAGCGAAUCUUCACCCUAGGCUUGCAGUCUCUCCAAUCUGAAGGAUUGACAACCACCUACAAGUCCGCGUCAACGAUCACCUUCAACCCCCAUAAUACUCGGUUCAGGACCCAACUCGAGCCUGAGGAAGACGAUGAGAUCCAAAUCACAAAGCUUAGACCGCUUGGGAGAGGGGGGCAAGGUGAAGUGCACAAGGUUGUUGACAUGUAUACCGGCGCGCACCACGCUUGCAAAAUCGUCGCCGUGAAGGCGGAAGUACCUCAAUGGAAGAUCUAUUCGGAGAGGGAUUUCGGGAAAAGAGUGGAAAUGGAAGUGAGCUUGGUUCAGGCAUUACCGCAUCCUCAUAUCGUGCCGUACACACACACCCAGGGAUUCAAGAUCGGACGAAUUAUCGAAAUCUUCAUGCCUAUUUAUGAAGGUAACCUCCACGAUUUGCUGCAGCGGCUCAGACGUGAAGCGCCAGAGACAGUGGCGGACGUGACCGACAUGAUGCUAUACCAGAUGUUAAACGCACUGGAUUUCGUUCACUCCCGCGAUCCACCAAUCAUCCAUCGAGACAUUAAGCCUCCAAAUAUCCUCUACCGAGGCGACAAGUUCCUUCUGACGGACUUCGGGAUUGCCAAAGUCGUCGAUACAUCAAAUACUAUCGUUGGAACACAAUGGUACAUGGCGCCUGAAGUUCGGGAGAACAGGGAGCAGACGCCAAAGGUUGAUAUAUGGGGGCUUGGCGUUACUGCUGUUGAGUGUUUGGGGGGACUGCCAUCUGAAAAAGACAGGCAAGAACUAUCGGAGUGGAAGCAGUGGUAUGAGGAACUCCAGGCGCGCCUAAAUCAGCACGCACAUCGCCUCGUAUCUAUGCUCAGAGUCGACGCCGAUCGGCGUCCAACGGCUCGCAACCUCCUCAACGCCUUCGAGCAGUCCACCAACGUCGUGUUGCAAACCCCACCGACAAAUGCCACCUUGGCAGGUUUGGGAGUAUCACCACUAGCGAACCAGAUAAAUGGAACAGCAAUGCUAUACUCUGCAGUACCUACGCCUAUGGACUGGACACAAACGGUAGCCACAGCGUUCUUCCAAGGAGAACCUCAGCCCACGCAACGCAAUGAGAGCAUGCAGCCGGCGCAGCCAAACCCAGUGGCGAUUCCACCGCCAAACAAGCCAAGAGCCAGGCGCGGAGGGUCCGUCAAGUCUGCAAGGUCUCUAGACGAUAGGCGGAGAGGUCACAAGCGUAAUGGGUCAUCGCAGAAUGGGCGUCAUGCACUCUCUCCUGCAGGGGUACCAAAACGAACAUCAAGUAGAAAGCGACGACCGAAAAGCAUACACAAGGCACAGGAGAUUCAGGUAUUGGGAAUAGCUUGA